AUGGCAGAGGAAGCAGGGAAGCACGGCAGCGGUGGCAGCGAGCACAGGCACAGGGCGCAGGCGUUUGUGAAGGCGUUCAACCACGCUCUAAGCAAGACCAUCGAAGCAGCAAGUUGGAGCACGGUGACGGCACAGUUUUCGGAACUGAUCCCCGCAGAGUCUGCAGCAUAUCUUGGCGACUUGUACACACAAUUCCUCAGCAACGUUGAGCGCUGUACAAGCGCGGGGGAUGUGGCUGAUGCAACGCACACGGCGGCGAAAGCAGAGCUUGAGAGCAGGUUGCAAGGGACGCUGGGAGCGCUGCGCGAACGAAAUGCACAGCUUGAAGCUGAGAUUGCACGGCUGAAACAAGAACAAAAGCAUAACCAACAGUCACAACCACAGGCAGAGCAAGCAGACACCCUAACACAGGCUGGACCGUUCAGCAAGAAACUUGCUCAGGUGGCAAGGGUGGCUGAUGCCGAGGCCUCCCCGGCGAGACAAGAGGAAUUGGAAGUGUUCUUGGGACAGCUCAAGUGAUUUAGUGAUACCAACGCUGCUGCAUGUUACAUUACAGCAACCCUUGCGUGUCCCUUUGCAUUGCACCUUCCCAUCUUUUUUUUUCUUUUUCACUUGAGAACCGUGUGCGUCAUGCCUCCUUCACUCUUGUCUCUCGUCCCCCCUCCCCUCCUUUCUCUUCAUUCCUCUUUUUCUAGCCGAUCUCUGACUGUGAGGAAAAACGGAUGUCAGGUGCCCUUGCACUCUGGUGUUGCUCCCUCCUAUCCCCCCUUCAAUGUCCUCACGUCGCACUCUGAUGUAACACGUUCUUCUCUUUCCUCUUCUCGCUCGUAUUGACCGUUGCUGUGCUUGUUGAAUGUUACUGCCUGCCGAGUGCUGCCUCUUUGUACACACACAUACACAAUCGAGCACUGGAGA